AAUACUGAUGUAACUGAGUGCGUGUUUUACCUCAGGAUAAAGGACACACUGUGCGAUUGGAAACAAAGAGUAGUACACCCCUAGAAGAAAAGACUUUUUGUUGGAAUAUUACUAGUGCCAGCUCCAAACUUCCAUGUUAUUUCCGAUGAAAAUCAUUUUAGCGUAGCCAUAAAACAAAGCUAGAUCCAAGAUCCAACACAUUAUACACGCACACAUCGAUCCUCAUCAACAACCUCCCAAAACUCACCGAUCUAGCCUCUCCAAAAUGACGAAAACGCCCCUCAUCCCUCUGCUCGUCGUCCUGAUCGCCGCCGUGCUCCUCCCAUCCCCGACUGUCGGCGAAGUCAAAACCCUAAAAAUCAGCAACGACGCCCGACCCAUGAUCCUCUUCGAGAAAUUCGGAUUCACCCACUCCGGCUUCGUUUCGAUCUCCGUCGCCGGCGUCUCCGUCACGUCCACUCUCUCUCAACCCGACCCGUCGCGUCUCGGAUUCUUUCUCUUAUCCGAAGAAUCGCUGAUCCAGGUCCUCUUAGAGCUGCAGCAAAACCCUAAUUUCUGCGUGGUGGAUUCGCAUUACAUCAGUCUGCUAUUCACAUUUCGCGAUCUGGCACCGCCGCCUCACUCGUCGUUUAAUAAAUCGUAUCCGGUGAGCCUUCCGAAUGAGUAUAGUCUUUUUUUCGCAAAUUGUGCGCCCGAAAGUCAGGUCAGUAUGGAUGUGAGGACAGAGGUUUAUAAUUGGGAUAAUGGGGGCACUACUAAGGAUUACUUGCCUGCAGGUUUAACUCAGUUGCCUUCACUUUACUCGUUUUUUGCGAUUGUUUAUAUUGCGUUUCUCGGGUUUUGGUGUUUGAAUUGUGUUAGGAAUAAGAGAUCCGUGCAUCGGAUACAUUUACUCAUGGGGGGAUUACUUGUGAUGAAAGCGUUGAAUUUGAUUUGUGCUGCGGAGGAUAAGCAUUAUGUUAAGGUUACAGGGACACCUCACGGGUGGGAUGUUUUGUUUUACAUUUUUCAGUUUAUUAGGGUUGUGCUGUUGUUUACGGUUAUUGUGCUGAUUGGGACGGGAUGGUCGUUUUUGAAGCCGUUUUUGCAAGAGAAGGAAAAGAAGGUGUUGAUGAUUGUGAUUCCUCUUCAGGUUUUGGCUAAUAUUGCUUCCAUUGUUAUUGGGGAGACGGGACCAUUUAUUAAGGACUGGGUUACUUGGAAUCAGGUCUUUUUGUUGGUGGAUAUUAUAUGUUGUUGCGCCAUUAUUUUCCCGAUUGUAUGGUCAAUUAGGUCUUUGAGGGAGACGUCGAAGACGGACGGGAAAGCAGCAAGGAAUUUGGCAAAAUUGACUUUGUUUAGACAGUUUUACAUUGUGGUGAUUGCUUACUUGUACUUUACAAGGAUUGUUGUUUUUGCACUGAGGACGAUUGCGGCAUACAAGUACCAGUGGGUGUCAUUUGCAGCUGAGGAAGUCGCUAGUCUUGCAUUUUAUAUGGUAAUGUUCUAUAUGUUCAGGCCUGUUGAGAGGAAUGAGUACUUUGUUCUUGACGAUGAGGAAGAGGAAGCAGCUGAGAUGGCUCUGCGGGAUGAAGAAUUUGAGCUCUGAGCUUCCAGGGGUGGAAUUACGAUACUUGGUUUGUCCUUUUAUUCCUUCUAUACUACCCAUUCAGUGAAUUAGUAUGAGCUGUUGGUUAAACCUUUAAGUAGAUUUGUCUGACAUUACUGUAAUACAUUGUUUCUUGUGAUUUUGUCAUAACUUCAUUGUCACUGAAAUAGUCGUGUUUUGAAUUGUGCAUGCGAUUCAGAUAGUGGAUUCACCUUAGAACUAUCCUUUUGGCACUUCAUAUUUACUAUAAAUAUGUUUUUUCUCA